UUUCGCUUAACGCGUUCGCUCAACGGCACACUACUCAGGAACGCAUCUGCCGCGUUAAACGAGGACGCCCUCUAACCCCGUAUGCAAAUUAUAUGUAAAUGAGGUGCAAGAAACACGUGGGAUUUCACGUUAUGCAAAUGUAUUGGGUCACGUGCGCAUCUUGGCCCGCGCGAUCGAGGGCAACGGGCGACGGCUGUUCGGCAAUUGAAAUCGGACAAUCGUGGAGAGAGAGUGAGAGUGCACGAGGAAAUUACAAUGUCAGAGCCAACUGAGAUGCAGGAGGGAAAUGUUGCAAGAGAAUCUGAUCAGAUCCGGAAGAAGCUGUUGAGCGGAGAGACUCGGAGGACCAGCGCUGCUUCCUCUAGCUCGUCCAUUGCCUCUUUCUACAAUGCUUUCGAUGAACCGUAUGAUGGACUGAGCUACUUGGAGACAACAGAGAACGACGCUGAUGUGAAUGCAACUUUCCUGCGACUCUUUGACUGUCAGUCCAGACGAAGACAGAGGAUUUCCGAGGGCAACUUUGGCUUGCUGAACGCUCUGCUGGAACAAGAAGCCAACAUUAACUGUGCGGACGAGUAUGGCCAAAGCCCAUUGCACAAGGUUGCACGCAGGCAGCAGCUGGACGUGGCAAAGUUUCUGAUUGAAAAGGGUGCAGACGUAAACCUCGGAGACAAUUUUGGUCGGACGGCUCUACACAUUGCUGCCAUUGUGGACUGCCCACGCUUGGUCGAGCUUCUCAUUGACAGUGGAGUGGACACAGAGGUGCGGACGAAGGGAGAGCAGCAGACGGCAGUGCACUACGCGGCGCGGUACGGCUGCACCAACACGCUGGCCACGCUGCAGCACCGAGGAGCAGACCUGGCCGCUCGUGACUUCAAGAGGCGCACCCCGCUCUUCUUGGCUGCCGCGCAAGGUCAGCCAGCGGCUCCGAGGCGUUCUCGCCAGUCUUGA